AAAAAAACCCACCAUUUUUCAAUUUUCAGGAAAAAUUAAGUCGUCGCUCACUGUGGCCUGUAAAAGUUUGUGUUUCUUUCCAGUUUACUCUACUCCACUCCAGCAUUAGCAUAGCAAAGGUCACAAGAACGCAUUGCAGCAACGCCACUGGAUGUCGUCAUUGUUGUCUCACUCUUAACUUUCACUUAUGACCCUGUCCAACAAGAAGGCCAACUGCGCUGAUCACAUUGAUCGAAUCAGUAACUUACCAGGUAAUGUCAUUGAUGGCAUCCUAAAACAUUUGAACAUCCAAGAACUAGUUUGUACCAGUCUUCUGUCUAGAAAGUGGAGGUACGUGUGGAAUACAGUCCCAGAACUUGGGUUUUGUGAGGAAUUUUUCUGUAGGUUUGAGGAUAUCGAUGACCCUAGCCCUGAGAUUUGUAGAAUUAUCACCGAAGUUCUUUUCCAACAUAAUGGGCCGAUAUAUAGUUUUACUCUUGACAUCCCGUCGUUAUCCAAUAUCUUGAUCACAGCUGAAUACUUCAAUAAGUUGAUUCUGUUUUUGUCAAGGAGAGGCAUUAAGGAUCUCGCGAUUUUCAAUUAUGGACUAUUUUCCAAUAAAAUGCCAUCUCAUGUCUUCUUUUGUCAAGAAUUGACUCACUUUUGGUUUGCUGGAUUUAACGUGUCAGUUCCACCCAAUUUCUGUGGCUUAAAAAGUUUGCUUGUCCUUCACUUACAAAAUAAUACAUAUGAGUUUGGUGCACUUGAGACUCUUAUUUCCGGCUGCCCAUUACUUAAAAAGCUUCGCGUAGAAUUAUUUGGAGAUAUGAAGUCAAUUUCUCUCAAGAAAGCAAAGAAUCUGAUUGAUCUUCGACUCACGGUUAAUCAAGAAAACGUAUCUGGUUUGAUCAUAAGUUUACCUAAUAUUCAGAGGCUCACUCUAGACUCAGAUUGCGACAAGAUGCUCUAUGCAGAUAUCAUUUCUCCUUCACAUCUGAUAAGCUUAAAGUAUCUGAAAUUACGUUUUGUGAAUUUAGAUGAAAGAGGAGAGCUUUUGUAUAUUGUCAGUGUACUCAAAAGUGCCUCUAACCUGGUGGAACUUGUUAUAGAGAUCAACGACAUUAACGGUGAACAAGAGCCUGACCAAUUGGAGGAGUUAGAAUGCAAAAGUUGUUGCUUUAGUCAACUUCAGACGGUGAAUAUCAGAGUUGGAACUACCAACUUUAAACAUGCAAUGAGUUUGAUACGGUUAAUACUUGCAAAUUCCUCAUCAUUAAAGACUCUUGCUUUUAGAGUUGAUUUUGGUCAUGAGAAAUUGGAUCCUGCCGUCCUGUUGAGCAUUUCACGAAAGUUGUUACUGAUGGAAAGAGCUUCACAAAGAGCACGCAUUGAAUUUAGUCACAGAGAAUAGAUGUUCAAUUGUGAAAUGUACUUGUUUUAAGCUUUCAACACCACAAUUUCCAACAACUGUAAAUACAUUCUAAGCAUGUUUUUCUGAUCUUUUUGCAAUUUUUAAAAGCCUAGCUUGCGCUAACACUAAAGCUUGGAUAGAAUACCUUCAGCUCAUCCCACUGAAUCAUCUACUUCCAUUU